AUGAGAUAUUCUUUGCUUUGUCUUGCUGGGGCUGUCAUGGCUACUGCCAGACCCUUGGCGCAGUCAUCACCGACGUACUUUUUCACCUUUGGCGACUCCUACUCCCAGUCCAACUUCGACGUCAAUGGCACGCAACCAUCAGCCUCAAACCCGAUGGGAAAUCCGGAAUUGGGAACCGGAACAACUGGCGGAGGCAUCAACUGGGUCGGAUACCUGACAACUGUCGACAACAGCUCGCUCGUCCUGAACUAUAACCUGGCCAUUGGCGGAGCGACUAUCAGCAACAACCUCGUCUCAGUUGCGUACGAGGACAUGACCUCCCAAGUCGCCACAUUCGAGAAAUCAUACAGCGAGAAGCCGGAAUCUGCGCCCUGGUCUUCCAAGGAUGCAAUUUUUGGUUUCUGGAUUGGAAUCAACGAUGUCGGCAAUGCAUUCUGGCAGAACCAAUCCAGCGCCCUGGUUCCCAAUCUCAUGGACCAAUAUGAGUCACUCAUCAAGGAGAUCUACAAUGAUGGCGGACGCAAAUUCUUGUUCUUGAAUGUUCCUCCCACGAAUCGGAGUCCCUAUUUCAUUGACCAGGGUUCGGAUACGACGACGCAGCUUGCGGCUUGGAUUCAAGCGUACAAUGAUGGCCUUGCGAAUAUGGUGGAAACCUUCAAGUCUGAACAUAGCGAUGUCACGACUGUGAUAUAUGACACCCACAGCUUCAUGAACAAGGUUUUGGAUAGCCCUGUGAAAUAUGGAUAUCUGAAUGCUACAUGUAUUAAUGAUAAUGGGGAGUCCUGUGUCUGGUGGAAUAAUUAUCAUCCUGGUACUAAGUAUCAUAAGCUCCAGGCGGCGGAUAUGAAGUCGCACCUGAAGUCACUGGGUGCGUGGUAG